UUUUCUUAAACCAACUAUGCAUUACCCUUUUUGAUCAGCUCGCGCAAGGGGGCUUUCUGCAACCCUAUUGUUAACGGCUCUCCAAAACUGUUCCGCACCGCCCACCCCGAUUCACGACUUGAAAAGCGUUCAGGGGGCUAUUGUUUGAAUUGUUCCUGUUUGAUUAAGCGCAAGUUUCAGCGGCGGGAUGAGGGACCGUACACCUGUCCCCCCAACUUUAAUCGAAACUUUAUUCCGGGCAGGGAUGGAUGCACGCUGGCAAACAGCAGCGGAGCCCCCGCUGCAUGUGCAAUAACAAGUUGUUGUGCAAUCUCGACCCAAUUUUUUUUUUUUUUUGGUGCUCCUCUUCUCUCCCCCCUCCCCACUGGCCCCUCGCCUUUCAAGGAGAGAGCAAUUUGGCUGCUAGUCCUCUUGGGAAAUGGGAUCGGUUUUAAACCAGCAAUAUUCAAGUAAAGUAUCGUGGGUGGCUGGAAGAUGGAGUGAAAUUAAAAAAAAAAAAAGUCUGUUGAGAAACGUGGAUUUCUCCGUGCGGCAGAGAGAGGGAAAAGGGUCUAGAGAGCAAGAUCAUAAGGCUGCCUUUCCCCCUGUUGCCCCGCAGGGUUUGGGGGGUUUCUGCCCCGGUGGAAAGGCGGUGAUCGCCUAGUGCGGGCGUGCUCCGCUCCGCAGCACCCGCACCGGGAUGGGCGCUCUUUGCCGGACAUCUCGUGUUCUGAUUUUCCCCCCUUUUUCUUUGUUUUCGUCCUCAGCAGGGGCGAGUAAAGGUGGAGACGAGCCCGGGAAGCUGCCGGAGCAAGAAGAGGAGGAGGACUCCCAGGUUUGGCGUGGGACAGGCCAUUGCAAAUGGUUCAACGUGCGCAUGGGAUUCGGGUUCAUCUCCAUGAUCAGUCGGGAGGGCAGCCCCUUAGAGUCCCCGGUGGAUGUCUUUGUACACCAAAGCAGGCUUUACAUGGAAGGAUUUAGAAGCCUAAAAGAAGGAGAACCAGUGGAAUUUACUUUUAAGAAAUCUUCCAAAGGCCUUGAAUCAAUACGGGUAACGGGCCCAGGUGGGAGCCCCUGCUUAGGAAGUGAGAGACGACCCAAAGGGAAGACAGUACAAAAAAGAAAACCAAAGGGAGAUAGAUGUUACAACUGUGGUGGCCUUGAUCAUCAUGCCAAGGAAUGUAGUCUACCUCCACAGCCAAAAAAGUGCCAUUACUGUCAGAGCAUCAUGCACAUGGUGGCUAACUGCCCCCAUAAAACUGUUUCACAACAGCCCACCAGUUCUCAGGGAAGAUACGAAGCAGAACCACAGCCUUCCACUUCUGCUUUUCUGAGAGAAGGGGGUGGGGCGUACAGCUAUUCAUCUCCAUCCUAUUCUCAGGAGGGAAGGUCAGAGAUCUCCGAGCGGUCUGGCAGGUCACCACAAGAAGCUUCCUUAAGUAAGUUGUCUGCAUCGCCUGAAGAACAAAGCAGAAAGGGGCCUUCUGUUCAAAAAAGGAAAAAAACUUAACGCAUCAUAACCUUUCAUUUUCUUUACCCACUUGGGAUGCCUACCUCAUACAAGUACAGGGGAAGUAAUUUCAUUAUCGGUAACUGACCUGGAAUUUUAACUACUGUUGAGGAACUGUGAAUUUUUUUUUUAAAUAGACAAAUCACUCCAAACAAGUUACAUUUGAGCAGGGUGUCAUGUGUUUUACCUCCUGUGUGUGUGUGGGUGGGUGUGCACAUGUGCAAGUGUCUGUAUCAUGUCUGUGUGUAUGUAUGUAUGCAUAUCUAUAUAUAUAUAUCUAUAUAUCUCUAUAUAUAUAGAUAUAGAUAUAAAUAUAUAUUCCAUCAGAACACUCUCCAUUUCCAAGGAUUCAUCAUCCAUUGUGAAGCAAUAGUCAAGGUUCAGAAUGUUUUUUGGAUACUGUACUCAUUCCUGGAAGGUCUUCUUAAAAUGUGCUUUUAAAAAAAAAGGAAACAAAAACAAAUCAGGAUAACGACUGUUACUUACGUGUCAACCAAAGAAAACUUCAUCUCUUAAAGCUGCCAAUAAUAUGGUACUAAGGACAUUAAGACAUCCCACUUACCCUCUAUUUGGAGUAUUUUUUGUUUCUUGUUGCCUCUAGAGUAGCAAUGUUUCCCUUCCUCCCCACACACACACGUGCACACAUGUACCUGUCAAGGCCAGUGUCUUGACUAACUAUGGCUCAGAUUGCCAGUCUUGUAUUGUUCAGGAGAUUAAGGCUCCAUGAAAGACAAUGAAUGUGUAGUUUCUGUGCUGGUGUCUCAAAUGUUGUGUUAAAUUAAUACAAUUGAAUUGUGUGAGGGAGAAUAUGUAAGUGGUUAUGAAUGGACUAUUUUGAGCGGUAUCAGGAUACCACCCAAGGUGACCCUUUGUAUUUUGUGAGGGUAGGGGUAGCGGCAGCAGCAGCUCUUCUUAAGUCCCACUUUGUCCCUCAUAGAUCAAGAGAAAUUUCCCCCUUGCUUACUACUGAAAGUCAUGGAGAAAAUGUCCUUGGGGGAUGUGUUUAUUUUUAUUUUUAUUUUUUUUUAAGAAAAAGAAAUACAAAGCUAAUGGAAUAUUGGGGUAAAUAUUUUAUGGGGAAUAAUAGCUUAACGGGUGCUCACCAUUGCCCAGUCUGCAUCCCCUGUUGCUCAUCUAUGUGGAGUACAGUAUUCAGAGAACACUGCCUGGUGCAGAGAGGCUUUAGAGCAGGGACAUGCAAACUUGGCCAUGCUUACCAGAAGCCCUUGACUAUCAACUAUUUUUCAGGCAAUGGAGAAGCCUGGAGACCAGCGUGGCCCAAUGCAUAUGCUGCAAUCUACCCUUCUGCAUUCAGGGUGAGAAUAUUUGCAGGCCUCAUUGUAAAACUCACUAGGCUGCACUUUGAUCUGUGGGCUGUACUUUUGGCAACCCCUAGGGUUAGGUUUUGGUAGGUUCCAAACUGAUUUAAGUUGCAUUUCCCUUUGCAAUUUGUAGGUUACCAAAUCAUAUAUAAGAAAUGUACUUCUAGAAAUCCCAUUGCAGAUAUAAGUUAUUUGAAGAAACCUAUAUAAUUCCUAACAUUGGCAAUAAACAUAAGCUGUUGAAUUUUGAGUCUGGCAGGUUUAAGCUCAGAUAAUCAAAAAAUGAGAAGGCAGUAAUGGGCCAGGUUUGUAUCUGUUGCAUCUCCAUUGGCUGCAGUGGAGUUACAGCAGAUGUGCACCUAACUCAUCACAUUGCAAGACCUCCCCUUGCCUUGCCAUAUGAGACUUUUACUGUUGCUGCUGCUGCUGCUUCAGUAGACAGACUAGGGUCAACUGCCUCAGUAAAGGGCACAAUUCCUAUAGAAUGACUUUGCUUGAAUUCCAUACCAGUGUUUGUGAGAAUCUCGAUGGUUUAUACUGAUGUUCUCAGUCUGCUAUAAUGCAAAGCUUACCUUCGACGAUAUUGAAUGUGAUGUAUCUAUAGAGAAGAACUUCCUUGCCUUAUGUAAGGAUUGUAAACUUAUUUAAAUUAUGUAGACAAAUCAAAGUGGCAUUGCUUAACCUUCUAGCAUGUGUAAUAACCAGGUUAAACAGCAGUGAUGCAAAACUUAGGUCACUUUGAAAAUUUAAACCAAAGUUCCUUAUAGAAAUAGGCAAUUAUGGAUUUGAAACUGGUCAUUCCCUGUUUACAUAUAAAGGUUCAGAGCUGAGAUCAUUAGGAAGUAAGUAAUUCUGGCGUGCGGACCUUAUUGGUGUAGUUUUAAAUCACUCCGGGCGUGUUUACACAAUAUGCGUUAAUGCUCAUUAACCUGAUUUAAUGUGUAUUAUGGAUGCAUGUCUACACGUGUACACCCUUAAUAUGCAUUAAAAAUGGCAAAAUUAGGCUACUCACACCUAAAUUUGAUACCUGCAAAUGCAAGUAUCAAAUUUAGGCACAAUUAGUUAAAGUGCAUUAAUGUACAUGUAGACGCAACCUGGCACUAACUUUAGUGCCGGGUUUACCCAGCCACUAAGGGCACAUGGCAGGACUGCAGGGACUUGGCACUAACUUAGUGCACUAACUUUAGUGCCAAGUCCCUGCAUGUGUAGACACCUGCCAAAAAUCGCUUAAUGUGUAUUAGCUUAAUGUGCAUUUAAUUUAGUUGCAUUUAAAUGCACACGUAGAUGCACCCUCUGUGCACCAAAACCAGACUGAACUGCUAAGAGCACAUACCAAACCUAUCUUAUUGUUGAGAGCUUAAGGUUUUAUUUUUGUAUAUUAGAAUGUUAUCACUAUUACAUAACAUACUCAGGACAAAAGAACUUUGCUCAGGGAAUAUACCAUGUAACGUUGUUUUUUUCUUUACAGAAUAGGCUACAGACCUGCUAACUCAGAACAAACCAAAUAGACUUAGACCUUUAUAUCUCUAUAUAAGUAUUAUGAACUGAUAUUAGUAACUACCUCUGAGUUGACAUAGACCUACAUUUCUUGUGAUCAGAUAUCAGCUUUUUGUACUAUGAUUUCCUGUGAAAAUCACUGAUAAAACAGUAUGCCUGUACUGGUUGCUUAUGUAACCAUUUGUGACUUUACAUUCACAGGGUCUGAUUUUCAGAGAUACUGAGCAGCUGCGGCUGCCCAUUGGCCUUCAUCUGUGAGUUACUAGUGCUCAGUCCUGAAAAAGGAAAAAAAAAAGUCAAGCCCACUUUGUUUACAUAGGUGACAAUAAAACUAUGAUUCUGUUUACAGCAAAAGACUACCUCAUACUUACUGCAUAAAACACACAUUUGUGCUGCUCUGGCCUUAAAGGUGGCUGUUGAUCCUAUGGUACAUACCUUUUUAUCUGUACUAUAUAUGUAAAUUGGUAAUUCACCACUGCAUCCUUUAUGGCAAAUACUUGUUGAAAAUGAAACAUCCAUUUGAAAUUGCAAGAAGUCUCCAAACAUUUCUUUAAAGUCUUUUUUAAAGUCUUUAAAGUAUUUUUCUUCUGUCUAAAGGCUUAUGGGCACUGUUCACAAAAAGACAUACUACUGAAGCUAAAUCUAUAGCAGCUUGAGCUGUGACAUGUAACUAACUAGCACUGGAUUGCAAUAGAAAAUAUGAUUCAUUAAAUGGGCUGCUCCAAGUAAGCAAAAGGUCCUAUAAAGUUCCUUUACGUCUGAGAGUCAGAUGUCCCACCAUUUUUUUUCCUUCUGAUGAUGAAAUGAAAAAUAUUCUUUAUUGAAGAACCCAGAUUUGGAGCAGACUUCAUUUCCACACUCCCAUCUCUUGUACAUGCCAGAACACCUCCCAGUGAAACUAAACUUCUCUCUCUCUCUCUCUCAGAAGAUACUGGAUUUGUUCUUACCUCAGAAGACAACGUGAGUUUUUUCCUUCCCACAGUAAAUGUUAAAAUCCAACAAUGUGUGCAUUUGCACACUAACAAGACGUAUAAUGAGAGAGUACAUUCUGGGAGGGAGAAAUUCAGGAGUUAUUUUUUGUAGUAAUUGUAGUUGAAUUUGGUACUAUAAAUCUCUAAAAUGUUCUGCUUUUUAUCACAUUUUGAAGACUGUCAAGCGUUAUAUGUAACUUAAUGCCUCUUUCACCCCUUUUCUUUGGUUCAGUUUUAUUUUGCACCAGUGCUAUCCCAGAGUUACUCUUUAGUUGUCCUUAGUUUUGUGAAUAGAGCCCCAUAAAAGUGUUUAUAGAUCGUGUAACAUUCUUUGUAAGAAGAAUUAUAAAGAACAUGGGAAAUCUCAUUGAGUCUUAAAAUUAAUUUAAAUUAAUUUAUCUCUAAGAAAUGUUUAUCAUAAAAAAUUAUAUAUGUGUAUUCCCCCGUGCUAGAUAUAAAAAAAAUUGGGAAAGAUAUGUACAUGGGCAGAUGCACUGAUUUUAAUUUUCUAGAAGUCUUAAUGAAAUUUGAUUACUUGUUUUAGAAACAAGCAAAGCCUUGUUAAAUGCAUCUGCUCUUAUUUUGCUUAUAUAUCAACAGCCUCUUUAAGAUAUGUUGGUUGUGUUACCUCUGUCAUAACUAUUGACUAGUAACAAGAGGUCAAGCUAUGAAUAUGCUUUUGUUUUAUACUUAAACAGGGCUGCAGUUUAACAGCUCUGAUAGCAUUUUUAUGAGAAUAUUAGAAAGUACCAAGCUAUUUACUAGCACUGUCAUUAAACCAAAUGUAAGACUAACCAGCUUUAAAACGGAUAAUGGUUUUGACUACCUCUUGGAUUACUACAUUAAGCAACACUGGUUGACAAGUAUCACCAGUCUGACUUAAGCUAGUAUGUAUUGCUCAUGGUAAUAAUAACAAUAAACCAUUUUAGAGACCAAAGUGAACACUGAUUUCUAUAUGUCUUUGAUACUGUGUCUUAUCUAGUGUUUUUAAAUUAUCCUCUGUAGUAUAGAUUGCCUCAUUGUCCAUUUUGACUUGUAUGUUGUUUACAAGGUAAAUUUUUAAAAAAUCACUUGAAUUGUAUGUUUAAAAAAAGACUUGAGUUGAACGUUUGAAGGUCAUUUCACCUGUUUACUGUCUUCUGGACUAAAGCACUGAUUGCCUUUCUACAUAUCAUGUAUUUUAUAUUCUCAUUUCAUGCCUAAAGUCUUUUUUAUUUCUGUCAAUCAUGGAUAUUGUGAGGUUUAAAAGAAUUACUUGAUUAAAAAUAAAGCAUAUAACAUUGGCAUUUA